AUGGCUGGAAAGAGCAGCAUCUGGAAGGAGCAGCUACCUGGAAGGAGCAGCUACCUGGAAGGAGCAGCUACCUGGAAGGAGCAGCUACCUGGAAGGAGCAGCUACCUGGAAGGAGCAGCUACCUGGAAGGAGCAGCUACCUGGAAGGAGCAGCUACCUGGAAGGAGCAGCUACCUGGAAGGAGCAGCUACCUGGAAGGAGCAGCUACCUGGAAGGAGCAGCUACCUGGAAGGAGCAGCUACCUGGAAGGAGCAGCUACCUGGAAGGAGCAGCUACCUGGAAGGAGCAGCUACCUGGAAGGAGCAGCUACCUGGAAGGAGCAGCUACCUGGAAGGAGCAGCUACCUGGAAGGAGCAGCUACCUGGAAGGAGCAGCUACCUGGAAGGAGCAGCUACCUGGAAGGAGCAGCUACCUGGAAGGAGCAGCUACCUGGAAGGAGCAGCUACCUGGAAGGAGCAGCUACCUGGAAGGAGCAGCUACCUGGAAGGAGCAGCUACCUGGAAGGAGCAGCUACCUGGAAGGAGCAGCUACCUGGAAGGAGCAGCUACCUGGAAGGAGCAGCUACCUGGAAGGAGCAGCUACCUGGAAGGAGCAGCUACCUGGAAGGAGCAGCUACCUGGAAGGAGCAGCUACCUGGAAGGAGCAGCUACCUGGAAGGAGCAGCUACCUGGAAGGCAAUCCACUUCUUGAAGGUGAGGCCCAGGAAGGGGCGCGUGCCAAGGCGGUCGUGCAGCGUGCUGAAUAG